CGACUCGGAAGAUUUCUCAGAGAGCUAGAGCUUCCCAGAUCCCCGCGGGCGGCGCAGUGGGCUGAUCUUUAAGGCCUUGUGGGUGACCGACUGCUCUUUUGCAGUGUGUGGCUAGGUGUCUUGGGUGGGCUGCCAGGAGGUUUGGACAGGCUCGGAUCUCCUGCCCACUCCUCAAGGCCUUCAGAAUGGGGGGUGGCAGGAGGUUGAGUCCGGCAGAGGAUUGUGUGGAAGCGGCAGGGAACCCCGAGACCUGGGGCUGGUUGUGCACCGGUUGUCCCACCUUCAGGGCGACCGCUUGGCCCCUGAUUUGAAUCAGUGGUGUCUGGCGGGUUGGUGUCGUGCAAAGACUAAACCGAUCUGUGUGAUGUCCCCUGAGUCGUCCAGCCUUGGAUCCCCUGCUCCUCCUUUGGAAAUAAUCCUGCCCUGCCUACUUUGUAGCUGGUUUCAAAGAGCGAAUGAAAAAUUGUUUGGGAAGCUGUAAAGUGCAUUGUUUUUAAACGUAAUUAAUAAUGUAAGUUAAGAAGUUGGUGGGUACAGGGUUACGAGUUUCUAGAUUACUUAACUUUCUUUAAAAUACCCAGUAACCUUGGAAGAAUCCCCAAAGCAAGAGAAUUUGAUGACACUCCUGUGAUGACUAAGUAGCAGCUUCUGCAGUUGUAAAGAAAAUAGUAUCUUAAACUUAAUGAUCUCAUUACUUAUGAAAUCUGUUUACCAGAUUUUGCUUUUUUUUUCUUCUUGAAAGAUCCAAGUUGGGCAUCCAAUAAGUAUAGAAUUCUUUGUUGGAGAGAAUGUAUUUGAUUUAGUUAAUGAAAAUGAGAACCUUAAACAAUAGAUUUUGCCUUAAUUCUCUGGGGCAACCACUGGGAAACUCAAAAGUAGAAAAACAUCGUAAUCGAGUAGUUUUGUGUGGUGAGUGCUGUAAUUUGUCAUAAAAAUGGCAUUGUUAAAAAUUCUCAUCUGAGGAUAUGUUUAUUGAUUUUAGAGAGGGUGGAGGAGAGAGGUGAAAGGUGGAGAUAGGUGAACGAUGUGAGAGAGGUUACCACCUGAAUGAGCACCCAACCAAGACAGAACCCACAGACCUUUUGGUGUAUGGGAGGAUACUGCAACCAACUUAGCCACCUAGUCAGGUGGCAUUAAAAAAAAACACUUCACUUUAUAAUUUUACCCCUUACUUUGAUGUUGAGUAAUUUUAGAGUAUAAUCUAUUGAGUAGAUUGUCCUCAAAUGAGAAAUUAACUGCUGUAUGUGUUUUGGCAUUAAAUUUUUUUUUGCAUGUAGACUACAAACUUUUGUAAAAAUGCUUUAGUAUAAUACAUUCUAUAGUUUAGGCAGUUUGUUUUUUAUAUUUGGCAGAGUAGCAGAAGGUAUCCUUAGGCUCUGUUGCUUGGAAAGGUUCUUCCUCAUAAUCUGAGUGCAUGUUAUGGCUCCCUGAAACUCCCUGUCUUCGUAACACUUCUCCUACCAGUGAUGUUUAGAUCAACUUGGGUGAAAUGACUCUUCAGGAAUUGGUGCAUGAGGCUGCCUCCAUUUAUUCCAAUAAAAUAGCUGUAUGUUUUGAUGAAUGUAACAACCAACCUCCAGUUUAUUACACCUACAAGACUCUGGUUAAUGCUGCUUCCGAAUUAUCAGAUUUCCUGCUAUUACACUGUGACUUCCAAGGAAUUCGAGAAAUUGGUCUCUACUGCCAUCCUGGGGUAAACGUACCCUCUUGGAUUUUAGGAAUUCUCCAACUCCCUGCUGCUUAUGCUCCCAUUGAUCCAGAUUCACCACCAGCAUUAUCAACUUAUUUUAUGAAAAAAUGUAAUCUAAAGUAUAUCCUUGUUGAAAAACAGCAAAUUAAUAAAUUCAGAUCUUCCUAUGAAACAUUAUUGAAUACAUCUGAAACAUCUACAGUAGAACAUAAUGACCUAGUACUCUUCAGACUUCACUGGAAAAAUGCUGAGGUGAGCUGGAUGCUUAAUGAUAACAAGGAAGAAUGUGAAAAAGAAAAAAUGGCAAACAGCAUAAGCUCUGAGAACAGCAGUGAAGGAAAGUCAGAGGAGCUCAUGGAUGCGAGGCUGAAGCAUUGUUUAGCCUAUGUUCUCCAUACAUCAGGCACCACAGGGAUACCUAAGAUUGUCAGAGUCCCUCAUGCGUGCAUAGUGCCGAACAUCCAGCAUUUUCGGUUACUUUUUGAGAUCACACAAGAGGAUGUUUUGUUUCUGGCUUCACCACUGACCUUUGAUCCUUCAGUUGUGGAAAUAUUUGUUGCUCUAUCGAGUGGUGCCUCUCUGCUGAUUGUACCAACUGCUGUCAAGGUGUUCCCAUCAAAAUUAGCUGCUGUUCUCUUUUCCCAUCACAGAGUGACUGUUUUGCAGGCAACCCCGACAUUGCUUAGAAGAUUUGGAUCUCAGCUUAUCAAGUCAACUGUUUUAUCAACCAGUACUUCUCUUCGAGUACUGGCCCUUGGUGGUGAAGCAUUUCCAUCACUGACUGUCCUCAGAGGCUGGAGGGAAGAGGGCAAUAGAACACAAAUAUUUAAUGUUUAUGGUAUCACAGAGGUAUCAAGUUGGGCGACUUUUUACAGGAUUCCAGAGAAGAUUCUUAACUCUACUCUGAAAUAUGAAUUGCCUGUACAACUGGGAUGUCCACUGCUUGGAACAGUAGUUGAAGUCAGAGAUACUGAUGGUUUCAGAAUUCAAGAAGGCGAUGGCCAAGUAUAUUUAGGUGGCAGAAACAGAGUGUGUUUUCUUGAUGGUGAGAUGACAGUAGCACUCGGCACCAUGCGAGCCACAGGAGACUUCGUGACUGUGAAGGAUGGCGAGUUAUUUUUCUUGGGGCGAAAGGACAGUCAGAUCAAACGUCAUGGCAAACGUCUGAACAUUGAACUUGUGCAGCAGGUUGCUGAAGGACUUCAGCAAGUGGAGUCCUGUGCAGUCAUAUGGUAUAAUCAGGAAAAAGUCAUUCUGUUCAUCGUGUCCAAAACUGAGUUAGUAAAGGAUGACAUCUUUAAAGAACUGGAGAAACAUCUUCCAAGUCAUGCAAUCCCAGAUGAGCUUGUGCCGGUUGAUUCUCUGCCCUUCACAACUCAUGGCAAAAUUGAUGUUUCUGAGUUAAGCAGAAUUUAUUUAAACUACACACACUUGAAGUCUGAGCAUAAGCUCAAUGGAAGAGAGGAACUUUGGGAAAAAUUACAGCAUUUGUGGAAGUCUAUUCUGAGUCUCUCAGAAGAUUCUUUGAAGGUUCCAGAUGAGUCCCUCUUCUUAAAUAGUGGUGGAGAUUCCUUAAAGUCUGUACGGCUCCUCAACGAGAUUGAAAAACUUGUUGGCACGUCGGUACCUGGGCUCCUGGAAAUUAUUCUCAGCAGGUCCGUUUUAGAGAUUUACAGUCACAUCCUUCAAGCAGUGUUUCCAGAUGAAGAUCGGACGUUUAGCAAGAAUUAUGCCACAAAAAGAAAAUUCAGCGACAUUAAUCAAGAAGAAACCAGUGGAGAAUCUUUACAUCAGAAAUCAGUCGUGCCUUUAAAUAUAGACAACAAGAGAAAUGCUUUUAUUGCACUGAGCAGAGGGAGUCAGAUAUUGCCUCUGAAUGCUACUGGGUUUUUAUCUAAGUUAGAACAUUGCCCUUCAGCCUGUUCUUCUGAUUUAAUUUCACAGCCUAAUGUUCAAAAAGUGCAAAGCUUAAGUCCUCCAGCUUGUAUUGGGAAGUCAAAAGAUUCAACCUGUAUUGAAAAAGUUUAUGAAGCUGGAACUCCUGCGAUAGGGGCUGAGACGAUGGAGUUACGUGUGAGGUGGAGGUCAGACACAGGCAAAUGUGUAGACGCUUCGCCUCUGGUUGUAAUACCCGCUGUUGAAAAGUCAUCUUCAACUGUGUACAUCGGCUCCCAUUCUCACAGAAUGAUGGCGAUUGACCUUUACUCCGGGAAGGUGAAAUGGGAACAGAUUUUGGGAGAUCGAAUUGAAUCCUCAGCGUGUGUAUCUAAGUGUGGAAACUUUAUUGUAGUAGGCUGUUAUAAUGGGUUGGUUUAUGUUCUGAAAAGUAAUAAUGGAGAAAAAUACUGGACGUUUACUACUGAGGAUGCUGUCAAAAGCUCCGCCACCAUGGACCCAACCACGGGACUCUUUCACCUUGGCUCUCAUGACCAGCACGCGUACGCUUUGGACAUUUAUGAAAAGAAGUGUGUUUGGAAGUUAAAAUGUGGAGGAACUGUAUUUUCUUCGCCUUGUUUGAACUUGAUUCCACAUCACUUGUAUUUUGCUACACUGGGAGGACUUUUACUGGCUGUAGAUCCUGCCACUGGGAACAGAGUCUGGAGACAUUCCUGUGGGAAACCACUCUUCUCUUCUCCUCGGUGUUGCCUGCAGUAUGUGUGCAUUGGCUGUGUGGAUGGGAAUUUACUGUGUUUUACUCACUCUGGAGAACAGGUUUGGCAGUUCUCUACCAGUGAGCCAAUCUUUUCAUCCCCAUGUACCUCCGCAUCAGAGCAAGAAAUAUUUUUCGGUUCCCAUGAUUGUUUUGUCUACUGUUGCAGUAUGAAAGGUCACCUCCAAUGGAAAUUUCAAACUACCUCCAGGGUGUAUUCAACACCAUUUGCUUUCCAUAACCACGAUCGUAGCGAUGACGUGUUGCUGGCAGCAGCAUCUACUGAUGGGAAACUGUGGAUACUGGAAUCCAAGAGCGGACAGUUGCGAAGUGUGUAUGAGCUUCCCGGGGAAGUGUUCUCCUCUCCUGUGGUCUGGGAAUCAAUGCUUAUUAUUGGAUGUAGAAAUAAUUAUGUUUAUUGUCUGGAUAUGUUGGGGAGCAACAAAAAUAAUCAAGUACAGUCUUUAACAGAAUAUAGCCAAGGCGUUUGAAAGUAUCAUUAUAAAAAGCAUGUGGAUAGUCUUAUUGCAUGAUAAAGAUUAUAUUUUGUUUAAGAAACUUGUCUAUUACACUUUAUUGGAGAACAA